AUGAGCCGUGAAUACGAAGUCGAAGCAAUCAUCGGUCGGCGUGUGAUAAGAGGAAAGGAAAAGUACCGCGUAAAAUGGACUGGUUAUCCAGAGGAAGAGGCAACUUGGGAACCGGUUGAAAGCCUACAGUCUUGCCUUGAAUUGAUAAUCGAGUUCAACGAAAACACCGCUCAAAGAGAACGACAAAAUGAAAUAAUUGAUUGGGAAGCAGCGAAAAAUUUUUCCGUUGAAGUAAUGGAGUUCUUUGGGUCGCGUUUGGUUUGGAAAUCGCUGGAUGAAAUGUUGGACCCAGAAACUGUUGAUGAUAACACUGGAACCAAUGAAAAUGACCAGCCAUCGACAAGCAAUUCAUCAACGCGCCAGCCGACAAUAACACCACCACCAAAUGAAAUAGAAUACGAUGACUAG